AAUCUAGUGGACGGUUCUUCAUAAACAGCUCGUCAACCACCUCGGUAGCUUGCUAGCCAACAUAGCCGAAAGAUUCAAGCUAUUUAGACGCUUUCAGUGUAUAUUAGCUUCUGUGUUUUAGACACGCUUCUGACUUAUUUACUUGUUAACCUAUUUAAUAUUACGUUUUUAUUAGUCAGCUAUAGUAGCUGGCUGGUUAAGUUAGCACUAGCCUAGUCGCUAAUGAUAGCUAGCUAGCUAACAUCCCCGAACAUGAGCUCCCUAAACUACUCCCCUCCUGUUAAAGAAGAGGAGGUCUGCUGGACGGAGAAAGAAGUUCUGGGGCUGAACAUUGUCGUGAAAGAAGAGAAGGAAGAGGAGGAUGUCACAGUAAAACAAGAAGUAGAGGGUGAGGCUGUUACCGUGAAAGAAGAGGAAGAAUCGUUCAGAGUGAAAGAGGAAGAGGAUGUUACAGUAAAAGAAGAGGAGGAUGCAGUUUUUGGAGUGAAGAAGGAAGGAGAGAUUACUGUCACAUUGAAAGAUGAAGAGGUGGAAAUCAGAGAUCUGAGUAACACCAGAGAGAUACCAGACUCUCACUAUGACAGCAGGAAGAGUCCUUCAGAAGAACCAGACCCAGAGACGCCCAAACCAGCGAGACAACACAACUGCUCCCACUGUGAAAAGAGUUUUCGCUGUUUAGGGAACCUAAAACGCCAUGAGAGGACACACACAGGAGAAAAGCCAUACCACUGCUUACAAUGUGAAAAGAGUUUUUCCGGAUUAGGGGACUUAAAAGCUCAUGAGAGGACACACACAGGAGAAAAGCCUUUCCACACUGGGAACAUUGGAAAGAGUUUUAUUCAGUUAGGAAGCCUGAAGGAGCAUGAGGGGAUGCACACAGGAGAAAAGCGUCAUCACUGUUCCCAGUGUGGAAAGUGUUUUACUGUGUUAAAUAACCUGAAAAGGCAUGAGAGAAUACACAAAGGAGAAAAGCCAUUUCAAUGUUCCCAUUGUGGAAAGCGUUUUACUCAGAGAGGGCACCUACAAGAGCAUGAGAGAAUACACACAGGAGAAAAGCCUUACCACUGCUCCCAGUGUAAAAAUAGAUUUUCACGAGUAGGGGACCUAAAAGCUCAUGAAAGUACACACACAGGAUUAAAGCCUUACCACUGCUUCUUAUGUGAAAAGAGAUUUUCCCGAUCAGGGGACCUAAAAGCUCACGAGAGGACACACACAGGAGAAAAGCCUUUUCAAUGUUCCCAGUGUGGAAAGAGUUUUACCCUGUUAGCUAAUCUGAAAAGGCAUGAGAAAAUACACACAGGAGAAAAUCCUUUUCACUGUUCCCACUGUGGAAUGAGUUUUAUUCAGUUAGCGAGCCUGAAGGCACAUGAGUGGACACACUCAGAAGAAAAGCCUUUCCAGUGUUCCCAGUGUCGAAAGAUUUUUACCCUGUUAGCUAACCUGAAAAGGCAUGAGAGAAUACAUACAGGAGAAAAGCCUUACCACUGCUUACAAUGUGAAAAGAGAUUUUCCCGAUCAGGGGACCUAAAAGCUCAUGAAUGGACACACACAGGACAAGAACCUUUCCAUUGUUUCCAGUGUAGAAAGCGUUUUACCGUGUUAGCUAACCUGAAAAGGCAUGAGAGAAUACACACAGGAGAAAAGCCUCAUCACUGUUCCCACUGUGGAAUGAGAUUUAUUCAGUCAAGGAGCCUGAAGGAGCAUGAGUGGACACACACAGGAGAAAAGCCUUUCCAAUGUUCCCAGUGUGGAAAGAGUUUUAUCGUGUUAAGUAACCUAAAAAGGCAUGAGAGAAUACACACAGGAGAAAAGCCAUUCCAAUGUUCACAUUGUGGAAACAGUUUUACUCAGAGAGGGCACCUAAAAGAGCAUGAGAGAAUACACACAGGAGAAAAGCCUUACCGCUGCUCCCAGUGUAAAAAUACAUUUUCCAGAGUAGGGGACCUAAAAGCUCACGAGAGGACACACACAGGAGAAAAGCCUUUCCAAUGUUCCCAGUGUAGAAAGAGUUUUACCGUGUUCGCUACCCUGAAAAGGCAUGAGAGAAUACACACAGAAGAAAAGCGAGGCACCGAAGAUGUGGAUGUCUAAUAAGGCAGCCCCCCGCACCUCUCUGAUUUAGAGUGGUUGGGUUAAAUGCGGAAGACACGUUUCAGUUGAAUGCAUUCAUUUGUACAACUGACUAGGUGUCACCCAUUCCCUAUUAUAGAGCUCUGCUCAGCCUAUAAACAUGAAAGCAAUGUUAUAUUUAAUGUUCUACAUUAUUAUUAUUAUUAUUAGGGCAGCCGCCAAGUUAUGAAAAUUAUGGUAUGUUCUGAAAACUGACUUCAGGUUUUUGAGGAAUCUAGCCUCGCAGGAAGACAGUUUUAUUUUAUGGAGGUUUAAUUCCGUUCUCUUUUUAGUAUUUAACUAAAUACCCUGUCUUUGGUAGGACAGGGACCAGACUUUUCACUGUUCCCACUGUGGAAUGAGUUUUAUUCAGUUAGGGAGCCUUAAGGAGCAUGAGUGGACACACACAGGAGAAAAGCCUUACCACUGCUCCCAGCGUUAAAAACUGAUUUCACGAGUAGGGGACCUAAAAGCUCAUGUGCGAAUACACACAGGAGAAAAGCCUUUCCAAUGUUCCCAGUGUGGAAAGAGUUUUACCUGGUUAAGGAGCCCGAAGGAGCAUAAGAGGACACACACAAUAAAAGUCCAACCACUGCUCUCUCUCUGUGUGGAAGGACAUUUUCCCAGUCAGCGAUCCUGAAAUCACAUGAGAAAGGCUGUAUUCCUACUUAUAUUUUUGACAGAGAAUUUGUGUUUUUGUUUUGUGCCACAUGAAAUCAUAUUGUUUAUGAUUAUACCCGUCUAUAUAAGGUCAGACAGUUGGCAAUGCACGUCAGAGCAAACUCCAAGCCAUGAGGUCGAAGAAAUAGAGGUCGAAGAAAUUGUCCGUAGAGCUCAGAGACAGGAUUGUGUCGAGGCACAGAUCUGGGGAAGGGUACCAAAAAAGGUCUGCAGCAUUGAAGGUCUCCAGUAGCUGCCAUCAUUCUUAAAUGGAAGAAGUUUGGAACCACCAAGACUCUUCCUAGAGCUGGCCGCCCGGCCAAACUGAGCAAUCGGGGGAGAAGGACAACCAUCUCUGCAGCACUCCACCAAUCAGGCCUUUAUGGUAGAGUGGCCAGACAGAAGCCACUCCUCAGUAAAAGGCACAUGAUCGAGGGAAAGGGAAUCGAGGAAAAGAUGAACACACACAGGAGAGCAAUCUUUUAGCUGUGAUCUACGUGGGAAGAGUUUUGGUACAUCUGACUAUCUGAAGACACACCAGAGAACAUACACAGGAGACAAACCUUCUAGCUGAGAUAGUCUGAUAAAAGAUCUCUGAUCAAACAUCAGAAAAUACAUACAUGAAGGAGUUGUUUCAUGGAAUCAAUGAAAUAAUGUCACAAUGUAGAAUGUUUUUAACAUUGUGGUAGAAUUAUUUUAAUUAAUUUCACAAUGUAGAACCCUAAACGUUUGAUUUAACAAAACGUCCCUUUAAAAAGUUGUUACAUUUACCAUGUUGGUGACCCACUUGAAUCAAAUGCAACACUCAAAUGUAGCUAGCUGUUUUCUACAAAUGUUCCUCUAACCAGUGAUGUACACAUUAUUCCCAGACUCUGUGUGGUUUUUGAGCUGUUUUUGCAACCAGGACUUGCAACCAUAUCUCCCUCCUCUCGACGAUUUAUUUCAGCAUGAUAUCGAUGAGUGAUGACAAAUAAGUGUUGCAUUCCUUUGUUUAGCGACCCCUACAUUUAAAUGCAUCACUCCAAAAUGUAGCUGACUGUCUUCUGCAGGUUGUCCUCUAACCAGUGAGGUAAAAGAUAUCUACCAUUUCCAUGUGUUUUUUUUAGUUGUGUUAGUUUCAACAGCACAUACAACCUGAUUUCCCCCCUAAUCGAUAUCAGUGAUUUAUUGCUACUUGUCAAAACAACAACAUUUUUGGUGUUGUGCAGUUUAUUGUGCAGUUUAUAAGGUGCUUGUUUAAAAAAAAUACAAGUAAUAUGAUUAUUGUGGCAGAUGUUUGUGUAGAUAGUACAUUUUAUGUUUAGGAUUUCAAUUAAUCACAAACUGUUUCUGCAUUUGGACUAUUGAUUUGGACACCUUUAAACUGUGACAUUAAUUUCAACGUAUUUGCAGCCUAUACACAUGGACGCAGUAUAAUAAAUUGGUCUAUAAUCAGCCUGACAAAA